UUUGCUAUUAUGCUUCUUAUGCGAUACUGUGUGCAGUGGCAGUUUUAAUAUUUAUCCACUCCGAACCAACCCUUAUUUGUGAUAGCAAAGAUACUCUCGGCCCCUGGCAGAGAGACCAAACACUUAUUCAUCAUUUACGUAUAUCACUUUCUCAAAACAGAUAAAGGACUAUACUAAAAAACCUCACUGAUAUAUAAAACACUUAUUGGAAUUUUGAGAAUAAAACCAAUUUAUAAGCUGAUUAAAAAAAGUACUUUGGACAUCAUAGCCAUGGAGAGGAAGUCAUGCUCGCCCCUGCUUCUGUGUUUACUAAUACUUGUGAUCAUGGGCUUGGUGGGAUAUAUACACUUUAAAAAGGAAUUGGUGAACAAACUAACAAAUAAAGUAGAGUUCUCAGAAGCAGGGGUGAGAGAAAAAGAUCUGGAUGCAAAUGACUACGGUUUAGCAGUUGAACACACACAGAAGGAAUUUGACAACGCAGACAAGGAGGUCAAGGAACUUCAGGAUGAGGUCGGGAAACUGAACUCUGCUAAGGAGGAGAAGGACAAAGAAGUUAAAGCAUGCCAGGAUUCAGUGGCGGGGUUGAAUAAUGAUGUCGCAGCCAUGGAGAAGGAGAAGAGUGACACUGAUGGUAAAAAGACAAAAUGGAAUGAAGAUAUUAAUAGCCUGAAGCAGAAGCUCCAGGACCAGAGUCCAGUCUGUGCCUAUUUCAAAAUCUCUGAAGAAGUCCUCAAGAAAGAUCCUACCAUAAAGGAACUUUGUCCUCAAAUUCAUACUGUAGUACAAUGAUAACGGAAAGAAAAGCAGCAGUCUGAAUUCAAGACAGCAUUCUAUAACAGGACUAAAAAGAUGAUCUAAUUGAAAAAGUCUUUUCUCAAGGAAAAGUCUAAUCAGAUUAAUGUAAUUUGUAACUGGUUAGCAACCAUUCCACAGCUUUGAAAGUGUGGAUUUCUACAUUUCCUCAAGGAAGUGGACCAUCUGCAUCUCUACACUAACACCUUAUGAUGUAACCUUAAGAAUGGUUUUAUAAAUAAACGUAUCGAUCCUGUAUUAUAAAUUGUUAACCGCUUUGGUAAAAGUAUAGAGAAUCUCCACAGAAAUCUGAAGACCACAUUGUUUUGUAGUCAGUUUUAAUGUGGGUCUUAAAAACAUUGGAUGUAAAAUGAAAGCAUGCAUACAUUUUUAUUAAACAUGAUAGUUGGAUCAAUAUCAAUUUUGUAGGUUUGCAUCUUCAUCAUUGCUUUGGGAUAUAGAUUUUUGAAGAUAAAAAAAAAACAUUGAUCACUGGAUGCCAUGAUAGGGUUUAUACUGUUAUAUACUUUACAUCACAAUAUGUUGCUUUAUUGCACUAUGGUAUUACUUAUUCCCUAAACCAAAACCAUUUUCCCUGUCUGUGUAAAGUGUAACAUUACAAAUGAUU